ACUGGAGUAGAGCGCCACUACUGUUGCUACGGCAGUCAGCCGGCACAGUAACUUACCAAAGCGUGCGGCACCACCGUUACGGUAAAACCGGCGGCAGCGCGGGAACGGAUAGUGGAAGAAGAAUCUGGAUCAUUUGGAUCAUUUCCCCGUGGAACGCGGAACGGACGGACGGUUAACAGAUUGAAGCGGAAAAAUGGCACAGAAAGGUCAAGCCACUCCUAAACGUACGGGAACGGCGGCAGACAUCGAUCGGUUUACGGGCUACAAUCCAAAGUGUCCGGACUGUCUACGUAAUAACAAAAAGGUUGAUAAGAAAUUUCCGUGCUACGCAUGCAUUCACAAGCUGGAUGACCCACAUAUUGUCGCACUUGUUGGAGUCUCGGAAGCCAAACGCGGGAACCUGGAUGUCUUCCGCAAUCUGAUAAGCGCAAGGAACUACGGCAGCAUCCCAAUGGAAGAGCGAAUGCUACUCGAGGAUCGCUACCGGGAAGCGAUCCGGAACAACGAACCUGGUUGGGAUGACACCUUGGAGCCGUUGAAGUGUCCACAGACAGACGCGUAUCGGAAGAAAUUUGAAGAAGACCAAGCGAAGAUGCGAGCUCAGCAGAUGGAAGACGAAAUCCGCGCGAAAAUUAAUGCGGAAAAUAAGAGAGCAAGUGAACAGGCCGCACGAGAGGGGCUGCCCAGCACAUCGAGUUUAGUUGCACCUACGGGCACGGCCAGCCUUAAUGAAGACGAAAUGCAACUCGUACGACAGUCGCUUAUCAUUCAAAUUGAAACGUUAACGAAGGAUCCAGCCGCUAUGUCAGACGAGAUAUUCAAAAUGCUGUUGCGGGAGAAGAAACGACUGCAAGACGGGUUCGCGCCGGCACCAUACAUAAAGAAGGAAGUCGAAAGACGUAUGGAUGACCUACGUAAAUCUCGCCGAACCGAAAGCGAUGUGCUGCAAGCACUCAGAAGCUUCAAACGGGAUGAAGGCUUCAUACGGCCACGGUCGCCUCCGCAUAGAGAAAGGUCACGCGGACAUUCACGUGAACAUGAACGGAUUUCGGAACGACGGAGCGAAAGGUCACGUGAACACUCUCGUGAAAGGACACGUGACUACCACCGUGAAAGGUCACGCGAACGUUCCCGCGACAGGGAUUACCGCGGCGGAAGAGGAUGGGUACGCCACGGCGACGAAGUAACAGAGAUGAGCAUUCAGAGGAAGAUCGACACAACGAAGUUACUGGCAGCGACCAGAGAACGUGAAGACAAACGGCGUGCGGAGACAUUCCGUACAGAACCUGAAAAGGAAGGACAUCAGGUGCCGACGGAAGUUGCUUUCCGUAAUCGUAACGUCAGGAUGUCAACACCCGAAAGGUCAUGGGAUAAAAGACGCGAACAUACGCGAAAUCGAACGCCUGACCCACGCGAUAAAAGAUGGCAACAGAGGGCUGCAUUCUACGCGACCUUUGACUCGGGCGCAAAUAAAAGGUCAUCAAGCACUGAACGGGAAGAUUCACCCCCAAAGUAUCAGCGGGUGGAGUCAGUGGUUCAUGUAGUGGAUCCCAUCGUGAGUACCGUACAAGAAGAUGACGCGAUGGAAGGUACUGGCUCAGUUGUCGAAACCACGUCUCAAGAGAAUGUGACCCACCGACGAAAUGUAAUCUUGGAUAGUGACCUUCAACCGGCUUCAUCGACGAGUAAUGAACCGUCGCAGCCAGCAUCAGCAGACCGACGCGAACUGGAAGGUCAAGGCGAACCGGAUAAUCGUCGCCAAGGGGAUCAGCGAUUAAACUCCAGAUUUAAUAACCGACAACCAGAAAGUAUUGACAUGGAAUAUAAGACGACUGAUAUCGAUGAGCAAACGGUCGAAAUUUGUCGAUACUUUGGACUUGAGCCGGAUUCGGUUGAAGCCAACAAAAUUGGCACAAUUCUGAGACAGUUGAGCCAAUUCCUACUCGAUUCUGGGUACGCGAGAGAGAUUAAGAGGGGAGUGGAAGAAGGAACUUUUCGUCGACUAUACAUUCCUCGUGACUCUGCGCGAGAUUGUUAUCUCCCCAUCCGACGAAAUGGAUUACACAGUUUGCUGGAUUUGAGCCUAUUGGAUGUGCCAUUGGACACGACUGACCCAGUCGGGAUGACACAAUUUUAUUACACAGACUAUGAUGAACGACAAGAAUAUGUGGCUCAAUUCGUUCUACGACAUGUGAAUCCGGCCUUCAAGUUACUUGCAGCUAGAGCAUCGAUCGGAUUACAGGUGGAUCCCACAGACCAUGCCGCAAAAAGGAUGGGGCAGAAGGUCUUCGCUGCGAGAUUGGCACACUAUAAAACACAGAACCAGUUGGUUUCCAACACAAUGAAGGACGACAUCCCGCCACUUUUCCGACCUCACGUGGUUAAGUUGGGAGAGCCUAUGGAACAUGUUGGAAUAGCCCACACGGCUCGGAAGGCGUUGAAAAAGUGUAGGACACGAAGGGAAAAGGGAAACCUUACACAGCGCCAUGCCUCCCAGGUCGAAGAGCGGAUUAAUAAGAUCAAAGAUACUAUGGGAAGCGAUUAUGUUGAACCAAUGGACGGAGUAGACGUCUACAUCAACGAAUUUCUGGUGAAUAAAGGCGACCGACGCCCAGAACGCGCCCCUAACCAGAUAGGACGACGCGGCCUAAGAAACCAGCGACUCCGCGAUAACCUCGCUGAUGUGCAACGGCGACUGGCGGACGACCCUAAUAACCGAAGACUGCGACUGGAAGAAAAUGACGCACGCCACCGGGUAGAGGCGGUUAAACGCAGCCGCCAAGGGAAAGGUCGCGGUCAGCGAGAAGUUGAUCUGGAAAAGGUCAUGGCGGUUGAUUCAACAGAACCAGUCGACCGAACAUCUGACCGUAAUCAACCGGAAAGCACUAAGAAACGUCCGCCGAGAGACGGCGAAGAUGAUUCAAAUGAAAUGGAAUAGUGUUGGUCGUUAGGAUCACACUAUUAAAAGGACGUCUACGGCAUUUGUCGGUACGUCACAAAAAUGAAAAAUGGUGUUGUAUAUGAGGGCGAUAUGACUUGUCUACAUAAACUGUAUUUGUGUAUUUGUUGUUUUCAGCGUUUAUAGCACAGAACCGCAAAGGAUAAAGAAAUCAUGUGGAGCAGCGAUUGGGGUUUAAAUUGAUUCGGUCUAUUACGCCGGCCCCAAAGGAGUUGCUACGGCAGUCAGCCGGCUCUCCUCCUUAAGCGACUCAGUGUUAUAAAUUAGCAAGAGAAACUACGGUAAUCAAGCCGGAUCUCUUGAAGACGAAGAUGGGCCAUAAGCGGCGAAAAAGAGAAAGACAACAGGUGGAAAUAUUAUUGGGGUUAAAUUUGAUUCGGUCUAUUAGCCGGCCCCAUCAGAGACGCUACGGUGUACUAUGCCGGCCACUCUCCUUAAGCGAUUCAGUGUCAAAACUUAACGAGAGAAAUAACGGUAAUCAAGCCGGAUCUCUCGUACGGAAGCUGGGCCACAAGCGGCGAACAAGAGUAAAAGAUUUAAUGUGGAAGCGUCAUGGGGUUAAUUUAAUGCGGUAGUUAGCCGGCCCCAUCAGAGAUGUUACGGUAAACUCUGCCGGCACUCUGGCCGCUCGAGGCAUAUUGAAGUGGGAUGUGCGACGGAAAGGUCAACUUAAAGUUUUACCAGGGGGGCAAGCGAAGAAAUGCUUGAAAGUCGGCAAAAAUCGGCUAAGUUCCUCCAUGACCUUUAAUGGAAGUUUGAAGAAAAGUUGGAUGACCCUUGGGAUCAUUACCGCCCAAGAGAGUCACCGUACCGGAAUUCCAGUCGCAUGACCUUUUGGGACCAUUAACCCAUAACGAGUCGCACAUCUCAACGGAUCAUCUCAAUAAAGGAUGACCUUUAUCAGGGAGGAAGCGAAUUACGCUUGUCUACACGACGUCCCUCCAUGACCUUUAACGGAUCUCAUUUUUAAGUCGUACAAUUGAUACGCACCAUAUUCCAAAGAUG